AUGAAAGAAUUAGUGGGAAGAUCGCGAAAUGAAAGGAAGCUCGAUGGAAUUUACAAUAAACAAAGGGACGCACUCCUGCACCAGUACAAAAAUCAGAGAGAAAGAAACAAUGACAUAUAUGCCAAUUUGAACAAAAGGAAGGCCAAUGAGACUAUUCCCUUCCCAGAAAUAUACGAGAAAAAAAGAAAAACGGAUAAGCUCAAGGUGGUGGACACAUCCAAACAGAGCAACCAAAAAGGAGGAGGCAAUGUGAAGGGGGAAGAACAAACCAAGCAACGACUGGACGACGAAAAUGCAAAGAACAAACGAAGUAAUAACAACAUUACUCUAUAUAAAGGAAUCCAUAUGAUUAUAUAUAGGUAUAUUUUUUCAAAAAGCAAGUUCGUCAAAAGUGUAACCUUAUUCAUAAAUCUCUGCAUUAACUAUCUUAAUAAUCAAAAUAAAAAUGUUUUCUUUUUUGCCUUUGACAAAAUAGUAAGGAUAUUCCUUCGAAAUUAUAUCCACGAUGAUGAUGGACAAACAACAUCACACAGCAUCUACACCGUUUAUAGUGAGGACGAGCUGCAUAUAAAAUGCAUGGUCUCUCUAUUUGACAAGGUUAUUAAUAGAAUUAUAGACAAUCGAUUCCAAAUAAUUGCUAAUGCUUGCGCGUCGGAGGAAGCCGAAAAUCCUGUUGGGCACUCUGCCAACAGGGAUGAUGCGACGAACGAAUCGCCCCAUGGUGCGACGAAUGGGUCCUCCGAUGCUGACGCAGUUAGUCAAACCUCAAAGCACAAUGGCGAAGAGGAGAUGCCCAAGCCAGUGACCCCCCAAGCAACGGAACAGCCAAGUACAAUAGUUCUCACCAAACAAGAAAAAAAAUAUCUCAAGGCCCUUAAAAUUAGGGUAUACUACCUCAUCAUUCUGUACAAGCUUAAUGAUAAUUUUGUUUUCAAUAAAUUGAUUAGUAUAUAUAGACAGAUUUGGGAUGAGCUGCUGAAGGAGUAUGAGCAUUUUGAUGAGGCCGUAUGUCAGGAGAGGAGAAAUCCCGCGCCGGGGGGGGAGAACACCACAUCGUGUGAAGCGGAUGGCGCUACCACCUGCCAUGCCACCGAUAGCGCAGACGAACUUCUGGACGACGAAAACUUCCUUAACCUCCAAGACAAGUGGACCCUACCGAACGAUUAUGAACUGUUUAAGAUUAAACGAAGCGCAUUCGUUAAGUGUAUGUCCAAAGUCUUUAACUUUAUCCAUGUGAAAUGGGCCAGCACCUUGGUGGAGAGCCUGUUGCUAGAUGUGUAUUUUAAAAAGCACAUUUUUGAUACAUGUGAUGAAAUAGUUAUUGAGAAGCUUCAGACCGCAGCGAAAGUAAAUAUGAACAAAAGAAAAAAUCCUACUCAUUCACCCCAUGUUUUAUCCAUAGGAGAAUCCCUAAAUCCGGUGGUGGACGCUCGGGCCGAGAAAAUCGUGUCUCUCCAUGGCUCGCACGUUUGGUCCACGAAGCAGAUGGAGCGCUAG